AUCAUUCAUUUCUCAAAUAUCCAUCAAGUAACAUCCAUUCUUCAUUUAUAACAAGACAAUGGCAUUUAAGUUUGUUGCAUUUGUUGCUACUUUGGCUUUGGCCAAUGCUGGAAUCAUCUCUGAACCAGCAUCAUACUCAUCAUUGAGUUAUGCUGCACCAGUUAAGACAUUGGUUCAACCAGUUUCAUAUCAAGCUCCGGUAGCAUCAUCAUCCCAAUACCAAAAGACCGUCUCAUACUCGCAGCCAAAGGCCUACGUUGCCCAACCAGCUGUUGCUAGCUACCAAAGCUAUGAACCUGUUGCUGUCUCAAGCUACCAUCAUCAACCACAACAGGUUUAUGCUGCUCAGCCAGCCUAUGGACAUUAUGAUUCUUCAUCUUCUUCCCAACAAAACAUCUUAAGAUCGUCUCAUGGAACAGUCAGCCAUAUUUCAAAAACUAUUGACACACCAGUCUCAAGCAUCCGCAAAUACGACACACGUGUCAUCAAUGAUGGAUACAAGACCGUUUCAUACGCUCAACCAGCUGCUUAUGUUGCACAACCUGCUACUUAUGUUUCCCAUCAACCAGCUGCUUAUGUUUCCCAUCAACCAGCUGCUUAUGCUUCCUAUCAACCAGAAGUGCACAGCUACACUCAAGUCGCCCAGCCAUUGUUGACCAAAACAAUUGCUCAACCUGUUGUUGCUAAAACAAUUGUUAGCCAACCAAUUGCACAUGUCGCUCAACCAACACAUUACGCUGCUCAACCAUCACACUACGCCGCUCAUGCUCCAGUCUUAGCCUCUAAAGUGCACUACAGCCCAGCCAUUGAAGUUGCACAUGCAAGCUACGAGUCACCAGUCGCUCAUUACAGCUGGUAA